UGACUGGAAGCUGUAAAUGACAGCCCAGUGAGAGCCCCCCCCCCCCCGGGGAGGGGGGGGAACGACUGGGACAGGGCCUAAGGUAAGAGAUAAGAAGAGUAGGUAGGAAACUGAGGGAAAAGGGGGCUCACCUGGAUCAGAAGUCUGGAAAUGGGCCAAGAUAGAGCAGCUGGGGGAAUGAGUAGUUUGGGUCACCUUCUCUGCUGAGUGCUGGCCAGGGAAGCCUGAGAGCAUAUAACAGGCAGGUGGCAAGGUUGGGGCAACUGGGGCCAGAACUGGGGGGAGGCAUGAGUGCAGAUGCAGGACCCAGAGUCAGGACUCAGCAGUGUCCCUACUCACCUACAUGAUCUGGGAAUCUUAUCUGUACCCUGCAGCUUAUCCUGUUUCCUAGGGAGGCGGACUCUCACACGCCUGGGCGUGUUAGUGAUGGGAAAGAGUAGAGUGCAGGAGGGGCCCCAGUGAGAGGCCCGAGAAGAGCCCCACCUUGGCCCUCCCCCUUCUCGUCUCACACUGCAAACCUGACAAGCACAGGUUAGGAGUAGGCACCUCUCCUGCUGCUGCUGUGCCUUUCAGCUUCCCAGGCUCCUCGCGGGCCCACCAUCCUUCUAGCUCCCGGCUGGGUGCAGAAGAAUGUUGGCCUGCUACCGGCCCCCGGGGAACGAGACGCUGCUGAGCUGGAAGGCCUCGCGGGUCACGGGCACGGCCUUCCUACUGCUGGCGGCGCUGCUGGGGCUGCCCGGCAAUGGCUUCGUCGUGUGGAGCUUGGCGGGCUGGCGGCCCGCACAGGGGCGACCGCUGGCGGCCACGCUCGUGCUGCACCUGGCGCUGGCCGACGGCGCGGUGCUGCUGCUCACGCCUCUCUUCGUGGCCUUCCUGGCGGGGCAGGCGUGGCCGCUGGGCCAGACGGGCUGCAAGGCCGUGUACUACGCGUGUGCGCUCAGCAUGUACGCCAGCGUCCUGCUCACCAGCCUGCUCAGCCUGCAGCGCUGCCUGGCCGUCACCCGGCCGUUCCUGGCGCCCCGGCUGCGCAGUCCGGCCCUGGCCCGCCGCCUGCUGCUGGCCGUCUGGCUGGCCGCGCUGCUACUCGCCGCCCCGGCCGCCGUCUACCGCCACGUGUGGGGAGACCGCGUGUGCCAGCUGUGCCACCCGUCGCCGGCCCACACCGCCGCCCACCUGAGCCUGGAGACGCUGACGGCCUUCGUGCUCCCCUUCGGGCUGGUGCUCGGCUGCUACGGCCUGACGCUGGCGCGGCUGCGGGGUGCCCGCUGGGGCGCCGGGCGGCACGGGACGCGGGUGGGCCGGCUGGUGAGCGCCAUCGUGCUCGCCUUCGGCUUGCUCUGGGCCCCCUACCACGCGGUCAACAUUCUGCAGGUGGCGGCCGCGCUGGCUCCGCCCGGAGGGGCCCUGGCGAGGCUGGGCGGGGCGGGCCAGGCGGCGCGGGCUGGAACUACCGCUUUGGCCUUCUUCAGCUCCAGCGUCAACCCGGUGCUCUACGUCUUCACCGCCGGGGAUCUGCUGCCCCGGGCAGGCCCCCGCUUCCUCACGCGGCUCUUUGAGGGCUCGGGAGAGGCCCGAGGGAGCGGCCGCUCUAGGGAGGGGACCAUGGAGCUCCGAGCUACCCCUAGGCUUAAAGUGGUGGCGCAGGGCCGGGGCGAUGGAGACCCCGGGGGCGGGGUGAAGGACAGUCAGGGAUGGGAACCUUGACACCAGACCCUACAACCGGGCCUGCCUCUUCCCUGUCCCCUUCCAUCGUCCCUCCCCCAGAACUCAGGGAACCACUCUGGAGCGUUUGGGGACCCUUCUCUGGCCACAGUUUGGAUCUUUCUGGGCAGAAUUAUACCCCUGGGGCAGGCCCAGGUACCUCUAAACAGAGGGACUGCAAAUGGUGAUGGUACUGUGUGCUUGCAGGUUGGCAUGUGCCUCUGUGCCAGAGCUGCUGACUUGCUGCCAAGAGCUACUGUGAAAUACACUGGGGGGGGGGGCAUUACAUGAUGGCAUAAGCAUGCCCCCGCUGGUAGUUUGUCAUGCCUGAGUUGUACUGAAGCCACCUGGUUCUCUCCUGGGUCAGCCCGAGGCUGGGCACUGCCAGCCUUCAGUGGCAUCUUGACUUGUCCUCCCCAGCCCAGGUAGCCUGGGUCUCCCAGGCCAACCUAUUGAACCACUCUGGAAAUAAAGGGAGAAAGCGGAAGGAAAGGUAUGGGUGCUUGAAUGAGGGAUGGGGGUGGGAUCCAUUCUCUGGGGUCUGCAAGAGCCGAGUGGAGAAAAACCUGGCUUUGGAAAGGGAAAGAUAAUCUGUGGGGUUUGAGAGGAUAGUUUUCCUGUCUUGCAGUUGGUACAGCGGGGGAAGGAGCCCUGGGCGUCAGAUUUGUCUUCCUCUCUGAAUCCAACUCUUCCCCCAAAGGUCACCUGACUCAAAAAGGAGCCCAGGAGCAGGCACAUGCUCACCCCUGGGGACGUUUGGGGCUUGGAGCUGAGCAGGUAUGGGGAGUGGUGUGGAUGGCUGGAGGACAGGAGAGUUUUUCAGGGAGGUGCCCCCUCUCCUUUGUCUCCUUUUUCUUUCUGCCAAAUCUUGACUCCUCCCAAGACUGCUAGCUGUUGCUCAGCACCCUCCAAUACUUCUUGGCCCCCAUCUUUUGGAGUCUCUCCAUCUCUAGGUCCUAAAGCUGUUCUGGAUCCCAACACUUUUGAGUUUGAGGAUGUAGGAUAGGAUUCUUUAUUAGAGGGUGUCCACGUGCACACACAUGCGGUCACUAGCGUGACCGACUCGUCCUUGUUUGCCCAAGGCUUUCCCAGUUUUAGUGCUGAACAUCUCUUGUUCCAGUCCUCUCAGUCCUUGGCAAACUCUGAUGGCCGUUUACGUGAGUGCUCCCUCGGGACCAUCACCCCAGGUUCUGCAUUAGUGACUGUUUACACCACCCAGGCAGAGGCCAAGAAACAACAGACGAAAUUCAGUCCUCAGGGUCAUGCCAGGGCCACCCAAACUGGGGCGGAAGUGGAGCUCUGGAUUUGGGGGGCAGGAAGUAUGCUUAGAGUAUCUAGUCUGGGGUGGAGGAAGAAAGGCCAUUGAGAGACAUGGAGGUGGGGAGUAGUUUGGGAGAGGAGGCAAAGACAACCCAGCUUCUGCCAGAAGGAGCCUCUGGUUAACCCUGGAGCUCUGAGCCAGAACUUUCAUCCCCAAACACCGACAGCAGGGGCUUCUUCCUGUUCUCAUGUGCCGGGGCAGAGGCUCCCCAACUUCCUCUCUUCCAUAGUCCCCGUCUCACAGUAUCUGUGGUCAGAAAGCCCUUCCUCAACUCUGCCUUCUUGCUGCGGUUUCAGCCCAUUUCUUUGCAUCACAUCCUCUGCCUCACAGCUGCUGGGUCUGCUCUGCGCUGGCCUUUUCUCAAAGCAGAGAAAGUGGGCACGCUGUGAAGGGUAAGGGACCGCAGUGACCACCAUCACAUGCCACGUCUUUCCUGACAAGUGACAGAGUUGGCAGGGAAGCAGGAAGGCUCACAGUCAGACUGAAGGAAAGACUUCUCAGAUCUUAGCCCCUGCAGGAGAGGUCACAGGGGGAGACUGCCCUCCCUCCAAGAAGGGAGAAGAGUGACCAUUUGGGAAGGCUGUUCCUCUUUGCACAUUCCUGGUUGCCCCUCCUGGCAGGGCAGGUGUGAGGCAUCACUGCCCCCACCUCCUCUCCCUGUGCUCAGGCUCCACCUUUUCUGUGUGUCUGAGGUGGGACUGGACAGCCAACUAUGGGAAGGUACAAUAGAGAGGGCGCCAACCUCUUUGCCCAGUGCCCAGAUCUUAAAUCCAAAUUCAUGUGGCAGGCAAGCCACACAGGCAAGUGUAAGGCAAGUGGCUGGGGAAGGGCGGAGAAACUGGCAUUCUGUGCGAUUCUAAGGAGAUCCUUUGGACUUUGGCUUCUGCCAAAGGGAAGGGAGAACUGACUGACCUAGAGCUGAAGCAACCCUUUUAAGUGAGGGAAUAGAUUUGGGUGCUGAAAGAGGGCCUUCCCCCUCCCCCUCCACUCAUGGCUUGAAUCCAAGCCAAAGACAGGGUGCUGUCCUGAUGUUACCUAAACCCAAACCCAUAACCUAGCCACAGGUCUAACCUACGCUUCCUAUUGAUCUAAGAAUCUGCAUUAUUUACACAACGUAUAAAGAUACCCAACAUUCCUGCCUCUCCAUCUGAGGCCAUUUCCCUUCUCUGGCUUCCCUCCCUCCUCCUGUAUGACAGUUUAUUACUCUGUCCAAUUCUCCGGUCUAGACCUGCAUCUGAGGGCACACCCCAGCCUACUCACUCCCUCACCCCCCCUUUCCUCUCAUUCCACCUUCCUGGGCUCUUCUCAUCUGGUCCCACCCAUGAGGAGUCUUUCUCCCUGCUGGGCUCUUCGGGAACACAAAGACUAUCUCCCCUCCCCUCCCCCAGUGAAGGGAGGGCUAGGAGUGUCAGCCCCACCCUCAGGAAGAUGUGCCUUCCCCCUCCUCUGCUUCUUGGUACUUCCUCUCUGGCGGACUUAGCUGACAGCACCCAGACCUGGGGCUGGGACCCUGGAACUGGGGCUGACCUGGGGAUAAGCUGCGCCACUCUGCCCUGACCUUGGGAUUGGCACCAGCUUCCAACCGGUACCCGGCAAAGCCUGGAAGUCCUUGCAGUGGCCACGGACACU